UUAGAAGAACCACAUUUCAGAAGGAUGUUUUUAGAGAUAGUGUUACUCAUGGUCUCAUUCCUUCUGUACGUUUAUUAUGUGAUCACCAAGCAGUUCGGAUUCUUCAAGGAUAUUGGAGUACCAUUCUCAAAGCCCUAUUUUCCCUUUGGAAGCAGCAGUUAUAAGAAAAUGUUUCUGGGAAAGAUUCCUUUACUGGCUGUAGACGAAGAAAUGGUAAAAAAUGAGUUCCCAAAGGAAAAAGUCUUUGGAUUUUUCAUUUUUGGACAACCAAACUUUAUGAUCAACGAUGAAGACUUAGCAAAGAGAGUACUCAUUAAAGACUUUGAUUAUUUUGUUGACCGAAGGACAUUUGACACCUAUGACACGUUUACGAAAGCAUUUUUAACCAACCUCUCUGGAACUGAAUGGAAACAGAUGAGAUCCUUGAUGAGCGGAGUGUUUACAAGCGGAAAAUUGAAAUUAAUGGCCAAUCAUAUUGAUAAAGUUGGAAAGAACUUUGAAAAGUAUGUGAGCAUACAAGCAAGGGAGAGAAACGAGAUCGAUAUGAAGGUAGCUGGUGGACUAAUGACUCUGGAUUCUAUUGCCUCUGCUGGCUUUGGAAUUGAGGUUGAUUCAUUUGCAGAGCCAGACAAUACUUUCAGAAAGAUGGCACUUACUCUAGUAGGUGCACCAGGAUAUCGCUCUUCAUUCGAAAAUCUCAAGAUUUUCUUUCUCGCAACUCUUCCAAAGUUAGGAAAGUUCUUGAAAAUUACUUUCUUGAACAAAGUUGCCACCAGUUUUUUUUCUGACAUUAUUAUCAAAACCUACAAGAGAAGAUUGGAAACCGGGGAGAAGCGCAAUGACAUCAUUGAUGUAUUGGUUGAAGAACUCAAAUCUUCAAAUAAAAACAAGUCUCAAACUUAUGAAAGUGAUUUUGAGAAAGAUGCCGCAAUAGAUACAUCAGGGUUGAAAGAUAUCAAAGACAUUGGAUAUAAUGAAGAAACACUACUGAUUGCCAAUGCUCUGUUGUUCUUCUUUGCUGGAUUUGAAACUACCUCCACAGGGAUUUCAAUCAUUUGCCACAAGCUGGCUAUUUUUCCUGAUUUGCAAGAGAAGGUUUACAAUGAGAUUAACGAUGUUAUUGGAGAUUGCGAAGAUGUUAGCUUUGAACAGCUUCAAGAAAUGAAAUAUAUGGAUAUGUUCAUCUCGGAGUGUUGCCGCUAUCAGACAAUUAUUCCUGCUCUUGAGCGCAAAUGUGUAAAGGACUAUGCUGUCCCCGGAACUGAUAUUAUUAUACCUAAAGGACGCUUUGUCAAGGUUUACACUAAGGAUAUUAGUAACAGUGAGGAUAACUUCAAAAGACCUGAGGAGUUUGACCCGGAGAACUUUGCGCCUGAAAAUAAUCCGAACAAGUUUGGCAUGAUGAUCUUCGGUCAAGGUCCCCGGAACUGUAUUGGAAUGCGGUAUGCUCUUCUCACGAUCAAGAUGACUAUUGUCUACUUGCUCAGGAAACACAGGGUUGUCAGGUCGGAUAAAACUACUGAUGUUCUUGUUCCCGAUAUCAAGAAUUUUAAUGUCUUCAAGGAUGGGGUCUUCAUGAAAUUUGAGAAAAGAUUUUGAUUUUAAUGAUUUGGAGGAUCAAAGAUUUAUUACCUUGCAGAGGAUUGUUAACAACCAUGAUUAAUGUCUUAUUUUUUGAACAAUUUGUAAAUGAAAAUCAGAAAUAGAUACAAUUUAAAAAU